UCCAUAUCAUUACCUUAACUCGUAAGCAGCUUCUCUCAGUAGAGAAUACAACUCAGCAGCAAAAGAAAAAAACUUGAAAGGUUUCAAACAGAUUACACUUACAGAGAGACCAAAAGGAAGAACAAAAACAAAAGCCCAGAAAAAUGAGAGCCAGCAACCAUUUGAUAGGGUUAUUAAACUUCUUAACUUUUUUGUUGUCAAUAGUAAUCUUGGGUGGUGGAAUAUGGCUAAGCAGCAGAGCCAACAGCACAGACUGUCUCAAGUUCUUGCAGUGGCCAUUGAUAGUCAUAGGAGCCUCAAUCAUGGUCGUGUCCUUAGCAGGUUUCGCCGGCGCGUGUUACAGAAACACGUUCCUGAUGUGGCUUUACCUCUUUGUUAUGUUCUUCAUCAUCGGGGCGCUCAUCGGGUUCAUCAUCUUUGCUUACGCCGUGACCGACAAAGGGUCAGGGCGACCGGUGAUGAACAAAGGUUAUUUGGAGUAUUACUUGCAGGACUACUCGGGUUGGCUCAAAGACCGAGUAGUUGAUGAGAAGUAUUGGGCUAAGAUCAGCUCUUGCAUAAGGGAUUCUAAAGUUUGUAGCAAGAUGGGAAGAAAUUUUAAUGGUGUUCCUGAAACUUAUGACAUGUUUUCCAUGAGGAAGCUUAGCCCUAUUGAGUCUGGUUGCUGCAAGCCCCCAACAGACUGUGGCUACACCUAUGUCAACGAGACGCUAUGGACCCCGGGAGGAGGGUUGGUCGGAACAGACCUGGACUGCUCAAGAUGGAGCAAUGACCAACAGCAGCUGUGCUACCAAUGUGACUCCUGCAAGGCUAGUGUGCUUGGCAGCCUGAAGAAGAGCUGGAGGAAGGUCUCAGUGAUCAACAUUGUUGUGCUUAUCCUGCUAGUGAUCUUUUAUGUCAUUGGCUGCGCUGCUUUCAGAAACAAUAAGAGGAUUGAUAAUGAUGAACCUUAUGGCCAGGCAAGGAUGACAAAAGCACAACCAAGUAGGAUCCAAUUAUAAACAGAAACAACAAAAGACAUUUUAGGCAUAUGGAAGCUUUACUUUUAUUGAGGAUGUACGUUUUAGGGUUCUUUUUGUACACCAUAUUAGGCUGGUUUGUUCGAGACAAGUGAACUUGAAUUUGGUUUGUUUGUUUGUUUUUUUUUUGAAGUUUUCUCUGUAUAUGUCUUUUUCAUGGUGUAUUUCUAUAUUCCUUUUACCA